ACGGUUUUAUGACAUGGCUGCUGAGGCCAGUCCUGACGCCCAGGUUCCAGUUUUUCUAGCUCUGUGCAAACUGGGCCUGGUUUAUGCUCUCCAGUACCUGCAGGAUCUUAAUUUGAAGGAGCUGAUUUCUCAGGUGGACCUGGACCAGCUGCUGGGCCCAGAGUGGGAUCUCUACCUCAUGACGGUCAUCGCCCUACUGCUAGGCACAGUCAUCGCCUACCGACAGCGCCAACACCAAAUCAUAGUGCCACCUCGCCCACCUGCCCCAACGCCUCCUCCCAGACCGCCUCAGGAACAACCACAGGCCCAGGCCGAGCCCCAGGCUCAGGAAGAAACACCAGAGCAGGGCCCGGCCCAGGAAGAGGAGGAGCAGCACUGAGAGGGAGGCAGACGGAGUGAGGGUGGUGAAAGAUGGACAAGAGGCUCACUGCAUGGAGCACCAGUAGCUGAAUACCUGCUACCUUGAGCACCUCACCCACUCUGCCUGUUCCCCUCCAUGUGUGUGUGGGUUUUUUUGUUUUUGUCUUUUUAAAAAGGCUUGAUGAUGGCUGCUGAACUGUUCAGUCUCACCUCUUUCUUCCUUUAAAAUAUGCUGGUCUUCUGCUGAAACCGACACAUCGUGGGUGUUAAUGGACAACACUGCAGUAGAGAGAGUGUUUGGACUUGGUACUUUUUGACUCAGGAUACUGCCAGACGUUCCCCCUGUGUCCUCAACAUGGAAUUAGUCUUGUGGUUGCCAGAUCAAAAGCAUUACGAACUCAACUGAGAAAAUUACACUCGUUAGACAGCUUCAUUCCCAAUUUUGUUCAGUAUUUAAAAAAAAGUCUGGGUGGAAAAUGUGAAGUAAAAUCAUUUUCAUUUCUAGCGCUGGUCUACUUGGUAAAAGAAAGUCCUGAUUCUCUGCAUGUCUUCUCUGAUCUCCUUGCAGACUUUGAGUUUAGCCUUGUUUUUUUAGCUAACUGAUGAGUGAACAAAUUUUGCAUUCCUUUAUGCUUUGCAGUUUUGCAUUCAUUAGUUAUUUUGGGUGACAUGUUGUCAGAUCAAUAAGUGCUAAAUAUACUAAAACUAUGCUGAGUCAUCAGUACAAGAACAAUAGUUUAGGAAGUUCUCACUGAUGGAAAAGCUGGGCUGUGAAGUAGGUGAUGUUUGCUGAUGCACACGGGGAUUAAAAUGUGUACAGAAACGUCAAAGUUCAUUUAAAAAGCAAGCGAGAGGAAUUUAAACUUUUUUGGAUGUUGUGCACUACAAUAUGUGUACAUUUGUUUCCAACACUGUUCUUUGAUUUAAUUAUUAUUGCUGGUUUUGAAAGGCAGCUUAGUAUUUUUUUUUUAAAUGCCAACUGUUAUCUGGAGCAGCCUUAAAGAUAGCAGCAACUUAAA